GCCCACCUGUCUGCAACCCAGCUGAGGCCAUGCCCUCCCCAGGGACCGUCUGCAGCCUCCUGCUCCUCGGCAUGCUCUGGCUGGACUUGGCCACGGCAGGCUCCAGCUUCCUGAGCCCUGAACACCAGAGAGUCCAGCAGAGAAAGGAGUCGAAGAAGCCACCAGCCAAGCUGCAGCCCCGAGCUCUAGCAGGCUGGCUCCGCCCGGAAGAUGGAGCUCAGGCAGAAGGGGCAGAGGAUGAACUGGAAAUCCGGUUCAACGCCCCCUUUGAUGUUGGAAUCAAGCUGUCAGGGGUUCAGUACCAGCAGCACAGCCAGGCCCUGGGGAAGUUUCUUCAGAACAUCCUCUGGGAAGAGGCCAAAGAGGCCCCAGCUGACAAGUGAUCGCCCACAAGCCUUACUCACCUCUCUCUAAGUUUAGAAGCGCUCAUCUGGCUUUUCGCUUGCUUCUGCAGCAACUCCCACGACUGUUGUACAAGCUCAGGAGGUGAAUAAAUGUUCAAACUGUA